CACUAACUCCGUAAUCACCUCUCUUCCACUCUCAUUGACACAUCAACCCCUUUGUCAUCUGAAAAAUCUCUCUCCGAUCAUGAUUGCCCUAGAACUCUGGGGGCUAUUGAAGGCGGCAAUCACAACAUACACGGGUCUGUCUCCGGCAACUUUCUUCACAGUUACUGCCCUGGGUCUGGCAAUCUACUAUUUGGCUUCCGGGCUGUUCGGAUCAUCUUCGGGCCGCGCCGGCGGCUACAGGAGGCCCGGUGAGUUGGAGAAGGAGGAGAUCGAGCCUCUUCCGCCUCCGGUUCAGGUCGGCGAGAUCACGGAGGAGGAGCUGAAGCUGUACGAUGGGUCUGACCCGAAGAAGCCUUUGCUCAUGGCUAUCAAAAGCCAGAUCUANAGUUACUGCAGUUAUGAUUAUCAGUUUCAUUGCCAUCGUUCUGAUUUUAACUUUUGUGUGUUCUUUUGAAGAAAGGUCCUUUUGUUAGUCUUUUGGUUUAGCUGUGUAUGUGUGUGAUCUCUUAAUCUUUUACCCCUUUUUUUAAUGUUAAAGCUCUCCAAACAUGUGUUUGACAAACACCCCACAAGUAUUAUUCUGAGUAGAAAAAAGAAAGGAUAAAAGGAUGAGCAAGUCUUCUUGGGAGGUGAUGAUGAUGAAUUAUGCAAGUCUAUCUUGGGAGGUGGUCUCUUCAUACUUCAGAAACAGUGAGUAGUGCAAAUCGGACAGCAGGCUAAGUAUU